AGCUGCAUACAGAGGGAACACAGCGCAGCCAUGGAGGUCGAUACAUUGCUCGGUGCUAUCACAGAUUUCGAGAAGAAAGGGAAAAAGGAAACCUGCACUAUUUUGGACCAGUUUUUGUGCCAUAUCGCCAAAACUGGAGAGACAAUGAUUCAGUGGUCCCAAUUUAAAAGCUACUUCCUUUUCAAACUGGAGAAAGUUAUGGAUGAUUUUAAAGCCUCAUCUCCAGAAUAUCGGGGUCCUGCCAAUCCAAACAUUGAAUACAUUCCAUUUGAGGAGAUGAAGGAACGGAUACUUAAAAUUGUGGAUGGCUAUAGUGGGAGCCCUUUUACAAUCCAGCGCCUAUGUGAGCUGCUUACUGACCCAAAGAGAAACUACACGGGAACUGAUAAAUUCCUUAGAGGUGUUGAAAAGAAUGUCAUGGUGGUCAGUUGUGUGUAUCCUGGCUCAGAGCACAAUGGGUCCAGUUGUGUAAGCAGAAUGAAUGGAGUCAUGUUCCCUGGAAAUGCUCUUCCUGAUAGGAACGUGAAUGGUCCAGGUACACCCAGACCGGUAUAUCGAACAAAGCUCUCUCUGAUCAGCAGUGUUGCUGGCAAUGGCCUUCCAGACAGCACAGAAUCUACAGACCAAGUUUUUGAGCAGACAGAAAGAACAAUCAGCGAUUCUGUUGCAUCAGAAGCAGUAGGCUCUAGCAGUGGUGCAACAAAGAGCAAGCAUCGUGAGGAUGACGAGACUGAGGAGGAAAACGAGGCCAGGCAUGAUGCCAAACGGCUCAAAUUUGACGAGGACGAUGAAGAAAACCAGAAGGAUGAGACUGAGAAAGAGGUUAAUGAAGAAGAGUCGCCUUGUUCUGCCCCUGCGGAGAGUUCAUCCGAUGAAGAGCCCUCAUUGCACAGCAGUACAGAACUGGAAAACACGUCUGCCCCUGUUUCUGAAGACCAAGAGCCCUCCAGUACACAGGAAGAAUCAGAAGAGGACAGAGAAACCAAAUCAGAGACUGAGGAUUCUCCACCCCCCUCCAGUGCUCAGGAAUGUGUUGAUACAGCUGACCUAUCAGACACCCAGGCUCAACCAGCGAGUGAGCCACCUGCAGAACCAGAGGAGGCAGAGAAUAGUGACCCAGUAAGCAGCAGCAGUGACUGUAGCGCCGAUGUCAGCAGUUAUACAGAGCCAUCAGCAGAGGGCAGCAGCACUGCAGAGAACACUUCACAAAGCUCAGAGACUGCAGGAGACGCCAUGGAAUAAGCCAGAGCACCCUGAUUUUUUUACCCUAUUAUUUUUAAACACUGAAGCAAGUCAGCCCCAAAUUACCAGCAGCCCUAAAAAGAGCGAAACUCUUUUACCUUAAUACCUCACACUUGAGGAGGGAACCUUAUCCUCCUCAGGUUUCAACACACCAUGUGUGGCAGCCUCAAGACCACACUUCAUAUGUAUUUAUGUUCUGGAGAUUUUUGUUUUGCUACGCUGGAGAUUUAUGUUCACUUCCAGCUGUGUAGAAACGGUAACCUCAUGUUGGUUAACAACUACCUGGUUAAACAACAUUUUACUAACCAUCUUUUGAAAUGUGUCAGAGGUUUUGUCUGCAUGUUUUUCCUUCUCCGGUGACUGGCGAGGAAGUCUGAACAUUCCAGUUGGCUUUUCAGGUGAUCGUAUGUAGGAUUAAACCACUAGCAGCUGUGAAGAGCAAUUCACUCAUUCAUUUCCAAGUCUUUCUGCCUGAACUGAGAUUUAUGUGACCAGAAGCACAGAAAUAAAGUAUUUUAUAUUUAUGAAAUCUGCAUUUUCUUUUUUCAAGCCACCAAAAUGAAAUGGUUAACGGACCAAUUCCUGAGUUUCCAAACAAACUGUAUUUUUCAUUAUUAUUAUUUUGGUAUGUUUGUAGCAAGUAGUGUCACACCGAGACACUUUUAAAAUCUUUUAAAUGUAUUAUUGCUUUAUCUAAUCUGUCUUUUGUAACCCCCCUUCCUUCCCUUUCUUUUAUUUUUGGAGUGUUUUUCAUUUACUUUUGUUGUUACUUGCUUUUUUGUUCACUGUGUAAUUGCCCAAUUUUUGGCAGGCUUUGAGUUAAUUGUGCAUUUACUGUUUUCCUGCUGUGUGAUAAACUACCAAUCCACUAUUUCUUUUUUAGAGUACUUUCAGCAAGUUCUUUUUCCUCAAACUGGAGUUUUAUAACAUCAUAAGAGCUUCAGUGAGGAAAUCUCCAUUUAGUACUUUUAGUUACCAGUGCUGUGUAAAUGGACUGUAAUUCCCUCUGCAUUACAUUAAUUAUGCACUUAGUUAAAAUGUAGGAAGCUAAAACUUAGUGAAGCCUGCUUCUUAGUUAUGUUUUUUGUUCAACCACUACUGAGCAAUUUUUAUAUUGCUGUUUUUUGCAGUUCUGGAAACGCACAGCUAUCUUACUUCUUCUGUCUGCUUUCUUUCUAUUUCUGAUAUCUGAGCUAAUAUGGGUACAGGUUAUCUUUUCUGUGCCAAUUUUCAGAGCUCCUUUUUUAAUAUCUGAUAAUUUCUGUAGAUUUUGGAAAAUGUGAUGAAGUGUUCAAGACUUUGACAAAAGUACAUUUUCAUGAUUUUUCUGUGAACUGACUGCCUGAGUUUUUAAUAUAGUAUUUCAAUAAAGCAAUACAUGUUUAACA